ACUUCUUUAUUCCGCUUUUUCUUCCUCCGCCCCUAAAAGGUUGACUCCAAAUCCGGAGUUCCGCCACGCUUCACAGGAGGGUUUACUACGUGAGCGGCGUAGCGGGGAAGAGGCUUAGGCAGCGGCAACCGCUGAUUGGCAGUGAGGGGGUUCACGCCCCAUCUCCUGCUGGAGCUAAACCGGCACAGCCAAUCAGAGCGAGGACUGACGGAAACGACCCAAUCCUGGAGCCGGGCUGAGGGCGGGGGCGGGCACAAAUGUCUCAGGUGGACUCGGGGUUGGAGCUGUCCCGGGGGCUCUUCGCUGCUGCUGCUGCUGUUGCUGCUGCUACUGCUUUGGGGGUCCCGUAGCUAGGCUAAAAGCCAUCUAAGGUUUGAGGGGAAUCAUGAGCCGUUUCCUGAACGUGUUAAGAAGCUGGCUGGUUAUGGUGUCCAUCAUAGCCAUGGGAAACACACUGCAGAGCUUCCGAGACCACACCUUUCUCUAUGAAAAGCUCUACACUGGCAAGCCAAACCUCGUGAAUGGCCUCCAAGCUCGGACCUUUGGGAUCUGGACACUGCUCUCAUCAGUGAUUCGCUGCCUCUGCGCCAUUGACAUCCACAACAAGACGCUCUAUCACGUCACACUCUGGACCUUCCUCCUCGCCCUGGGGCACUUCCUUUCUGAGCUGUUUGUAUACGGAACAGCAGCUCCCACGAUUGGUGUUCUAGCACCCCUGAUGGUGGCAAGUUUCUCAAUCCUCGGUAUGCUAGUUGGGCUCCGGUACCUAGAAGUAGAACCAGUAUCCAGACAAAAGAAGAGAAAUUGAGGCCAGCAUUACCACCUCCAAGACUUCAUCAUCUUCCACCUUUGCUGUCUUCUUCCUUCAUCCACUCUGCUCUUUAAUUCUUUCCUUUCUGCUCCAUCAUCAGCCCUUUAUUCACUUUUAGCCUGUUUUUAUUUUUUACAUUUUUAAAACUUUAAGAUAUAACACUCAUACAGAAAAGUAUAUAAUGUGGAUGUUUUAUAACAAUUGAAAGAAUAAUUUUAAAGUGACAACUCUGUAACUCCAUCCAAGUCAAGAAAUUGCCAGCACGUCAGAAGCUCACUGUGUGUCCUUUCCCUAUGGCAACCUCUUCCAGGCUCCCUUUUCCAGCCUCCUGCUUUUUUUCCUUUUACUUUUCAUUCAUGUGAACUGUGAAACUUAAAGCUGCUGCCUACCCAAAGCAGCUGUGACCAAGGGCUGCUACAAGGGGUUGUCCACACAGGUUGGGCUCCUCUCUGCUGCUGGACCCAAGACUCUGAACCAUCCAAGGAACAGGCAGUUCUUCUAAGAAGGGCUCCCUUGUGUGUGAGCAGGACCAUGGUUCUCCUUAUAUCUACAGGUGGAUAAGAGUUGAAAGAGUCUGGGCUGUUUUUAGACCUUCUGGUCAGCUGUAUUUGUGUAAUGAAUUUUGUAAUAAAUAGAAAA